AUGUCUUCCUCUAAGGUUGUAUUAUUAGACAUUGAAGGAACAACAACGCCAAUUCCAUUUGUUCAUGAAAAAUUGAAACCAAAGACUGCACUUAGAGAAGACCUAAAAUUUUUGGAUGAAAAUUGGUCGGAAAAUGAGAUGAAAGAAAAUAUACAACUUCUGCGUGAACAG